AUGACAGACACGUUUGGUUCGCAUACGUCAUCGGAGAUCGAUUGUGACCUCAUGUCGAGCUCUUGUUCGGACGACGGUUCGAAUGACGACGUACUGCAGCAGUUGGAGACGGAUAUGGUGGUGUGGCUACAGUAUUGUCAUAUCGCUGAGCGGAUAGUGCACCAGUACCUCGUGCCAGAUCCGGCCCACCGUUACUUAUUUUCUACAACACGAAGCGGCCAUAUAUUCAUGUUGCAAAAUAUGCAUGGAUAUCGGCAAGUGCAAACUCUGUUUGGACAUUCGCUGCAGAUCGUAGGCCAUUAUUUCAAGUGCGUGCUUCGCGCCAUCGGUGCGCUGGCAGCAGACAUGAUCCGGCCUCAUGAAAACUACAACCCUGGUGCUGUAAGUCAUCACCCCGAUCCGCAGCGAUAUCCGUUGUUCCAGGAUUGUAUUGGAGCUAUUGACGGGACCUAUGUGUGGGCGGUGUUGCCACGACGAAAAAGAAUUAACUUCAUAGGCCGAAAAGAGGUGCCCACUCAGAACGUCUUGGCCACUUGCGAUUUCAACUUGUGCUUCACAUUUGUGUUGCAGGGAAGCAUGAGGCCCACGCACGACAGCCACAUACUAGCCCGCGCGGUGCAUAGUCCGGACAUACACUUUUCAAAAUCGACUGACGGGAAAUAUUACUUGGUGGACUCAGGAUUUGCACAUCGGUCGGGGUACAUGGCACCGUACAAGGGGUCGGAUGUACGUUACCACUUCCAAGAAUUUCACAAUCAUGGUGGCGGCCGACGUCGAUUGCGUAAUGCACGCGAGAGGUUCAACUUUCAUCACUCAUCAUGUGGAAACAUUAUUGAGCGUGCAUUCGGAGUCUGGAAGCAGAGAUGGAAGAUUCUAGAUAGGAUGCCUAGUUAUUCAUAUCGAGCCCAAAUCGGUGUGGUCGUGGCAGCAAUGGGAGUCUAUAAUUUUCUGCGACGCAACGGACAGCUCGAUGAGGGAUUCCGCAGGGCCGAGGAAGUUGACGAUGAAGAAGUCGAGGUUGAGUUACCCGAUGAGAAAGACAAAGCUGCAGCAGAAGAGGAUGCUGUUGCGGACGAGAAUGUGUCGUGGACCCAGUUACGAGAUUACAUAGCGCACACCAUACGUUGA